AUGGAAUCGAAGAAAGAGCUUGACAUUGCGGAGGAAAGUGGUGGUCAGACAACAAACGCGGGCAUCUUAGGCCAGGACAUUGUGCCAACUACACUCUCAUUCAAUGCAGUCAGCCCAGUCGACGUCUGGGUUCACAAUUUGACGGUACAGAUUGACACGACACCUUCAAUAUGGCAGGCCUCUCCAGCACAAUCAUGGCAUCGGCUGCUGAGGCCAAAAUUCAAAAGCGACGACGCAUUAUCUUACAAAACCAUACUUAAUGGCGUUGGCGCACAUAUGCCAUCUGGUAGUAUAACUGCCAUAAUCGGAAGCAGCGGUUCCGGAAAGACGUCCUUGCUAAACGUCAUGGCCGGAAGGAUGGAAUCUAGUCGUUUGAAGAUCUCCGGUUUAACAACUUUUAAUGAUGAUAGCAAUAUUGCGCAUAUGCGUAGCUCCUACGUGAUGCAGCAGGAUGUGCUGAUCCCAACCCUAACUGUGAGGGAAACUUUGCAGUAUGCUGCUGACUUGCGUCUUCCGCCACCGAUAACGCAAGCUGAAAGAAAAGCUAUCGUCGAACAGGUCAUUUUGGAGCUAGGCUUGAAAGAGUGCGCAGACACGAGAAUUGGAAAUAGUGCUCAUAAAGGGUGCAGCGGAGGCGAGAAGAGACGGACUAGUAUUGGCGUACAGAUGUUGGCUAAUCCAUCUGUGCUGUUUUGUGAUGAGCCGACGACAGGACUUGACGCUACGAGUGCAUAUCAAAUCAUUAGGACCUUGAAGGGUCUUGCAAGCAAAGGUCGUACUGUCAUUGUUUCCAUUCAUGCGCCACGCUCUGAAAUUUGGAGCCUUUUCGAUCAUGUCAUUCUGCUAUCCCGAGGCUCACCUCUGUACAGUGGUCCGGUAUCAGAGUCUCUUCCUUACUUUUCAGAACUUGGAUAUACCAUGCCGACUUUUGUUAAUCCGGCCGAGUUUCUGAUCGAUCUGGCUGCUAUCGACAAUCGUUCAUCGGAGCUAGAAGCUUCUUCGCUAGCUCGAGUAAACUUUUUUCGAGAUUCAUGGCAGACGAAGGAGAAGAAAGGUGAUGUUAAUGAAGUUGGGGAAACCGCUUCGCAGGAAAACCUUCCGAUUGCACCAAAUGAUACGAAUGAAAUAACAAAGAAGGUACCCUUCAGUCGAGAAUUCAGCGUUCUUACAUCACGGACCUUCAAGACGACACUUCGUGACCCCCUUGGCGUAGCGGGAACUAUAUUCGAAGCAGUUGGUAUGGCAGUCAUCACCGGCUGGAUAUUCCUGCAACUAGACAAGAGUCAAGCGGGGAUCCGCUCUCGUGAAGGAAGCCUAUACACGGCCAGCAGCCUCAAUGGCUACCUUGUCUUGACAUACGAGACGUUCCGACUAACCAUCGAUAUACGACUUUUUGACCGAGAGCGAAAUGAAGGUGUGGUCACGGUGCCUGGGUUUCUGCUCAGUAGACGUGCUGCACGAUUUCUCCUUGAAGACCUUCCAGCUCCUAUACUGUUUAGCAUCAUAUUCUACUUCAUGGUUGGGUACCGCCUCGACGUCGCUGCCUUUUUCAUAUUUUUGGUUAUCUCAAUUCUGGUCCACUAUAUAGCAGUAUCAUUCGCAGCUGUCGGCGUCGGCAUCGCACGCAGUUUCUCCGGCGCAGGUCUCGUUGCUAACCUUUCAUUCACUCUACAAUCAUUUGCUUGCGGAUAUUUUGUGCAGUCAAAUCAGAUUCCGGUCUAUACAAGAUGGCUGAAAUGGACUGCCUACACGUUCUAUGCGUUUGGUGCUCUGUGCUAUAACGAGUUCAUAGGCACAAGCAGUCCCACCUAUGGCCAGUUAUACGAUUGCCCUUAUUCGAAUGACCCCUUGGACCCGGCAUGUAAACAGUACACGGGUGUCUACAUAAUCGAGAGCUUAGGGCUCCCUUCUAACUGGAUAUGGCGACCAUGCGUGAUUUUGGUAGCAUACGUGGUUGGGUUCUAUACCCUAGCAGGCCUCUUACUUCAAUACAACAAAUUUGCUAUGGGAAUUGCACAGGCCCGCAAGUCCGAUGGUGAUGCACAAACGGGGAAAGAGAUGGCGGUAGUUACACGUUCGACAGAGGACAUCCGGCGCGUUCUUAUAUCACUUAACAAAUAUACGCUCGAGAUCAAAAAGAAGGACUAUUUUUGGAAAGCGCCUCGCACUAUUCCCAUCUUGCAACCUAUCACCACCGAGUUCCAAGCCGGCCAGUUGAAUGUAAUCAUGGGGCCAUCCGGCAGUGGCAAGACAUCGUUGCUGAACUCUAUUGCUCGAAGACUUCAUGGGUCAAUUGGUACCAAGUACAGGCUCGGUGGCACCAUGUCUUAUAACGGCGCAAUUCCCAGCGAAAGUGUAAUCCGCUCCGUUACCUCGUUCGUCACCCAAGACGACGAUGCACUUAUGCCCUCGCUUACCGUUCGCGAGAGUUUACGUUUUGCAGCUGGCCUUCGGCUUCCGAGAUGGAUGUCCAAGGAAGAAAAGAAUCGAAGAGCUGAGGAUAUCCUCAUGAAAAUGGGCCUGAAAGAUUGCGCCGACAAUCUCAUUGGUAGCGAUUUGAUCAAGGGUAUUAGUGGCGGAGAGAAGCGAAGAGUUACCAUCGCUAUUCAGAUACUGACAGAUCCUAAAAUUCUCCUUCUCGACGAGCCUACAUCUGGAUUGGAUGCAUUCACAGCCACAUCGAUCAUGGAGGUAUUGAACGGCUUAGCUGCCGAGGGCCGAACACUCAUCAUGACAAUCCAUCAGUCACGGUCAGAUAUAUUUCCGCAUUUCUCAAAUUUGCUACUUUUGGCUCGUGGGGGAUAUCCCGUCUACUCAGGUAGUGGAGCAAAUAUGAUUUCGUACUUUGGCUCUUUUGGCUACCAUUGUCCACCGCAGACAAAUCCUGCGGAUUUUGCUUUGGACCUUAUCACCGUUGACCUUCAACAAGAUGGUCGUGAGGCGACUACUCGCAAGAGGGUCCACCACCUAAUCACUGCCUGGCAGAGUACUGAUCAUGUGGUGACAAGGCAAACAUCUCAAAUCGCCACGCCGGCUGAGCUAGGUAGCCUUAAGAAACAAAUGCACCCUUUGCGCGUAACAUUUCCUUUAGUCCUCCAUCGCUCGACAAUCAACUUCUUUCGUCAACCUGAUUUGAUCAUGGCGCGUACCUCCCAGAUCGUUGGCAUCGCAAUCAUUAUGGCUCUAUUCUUUGCCCCGAUGAAGAAUGAUUACGCAGCAGUUCAAACUAGGAUGGGAUUUGUUCAGGAAUUUGCAGCGCUGUACUUUAUCGGUAUGCUGCAAAACAUCGCUGUCUAUCCCCCGGAACGCGACGUCUACUAUCGCGAAGAGGCGGAUCAUUGUUAUUCUGCAGAAACAUUUAUACUGUCCUACACUGUGCUGGAAUUGCCCUUUGAAAUACUCGCCUCUAUACUCUUCGGUGUCAUAGCCGCCUACGCAGUCAACAUGGAGCGCAGCGUGCUAAUGCUUUUUGUUGCCGCAUUCAAUUGCUUCGCCAUAAUCAAUGCCGGAGAGUCCCUCGGUAUUGUAUUCUGCACCUUGUUUGACCACGUCGGAUUUUCUGUCAAUGUUACUUCAGUCAUCCUAUCUAUAUCAACGAUCAUGGGCGGAAUCAUGUCUUUGAAUCUCAACACAGUUCUUCAGGGUUUCAAUCACCUCUCUCCGAUCAAAUAUGCCGUUGCGAAUCUCGCUCCUUAUUCUAUGCGUAAUCAGCAUCCUCGCAAGAACCAAGUUAUCGACCGCAACAAGCGCGUCAAGAUCUCGGAUGACAUGAUCGCUGAGUCACUAAAGAAGCCACGAUUCAUGCCGCCUUACUUCGAGCAUGAUGCACUUGACCCAAAUCUCUACGCAGGAGAAUGGGCAAAACCAUGUGCUCAGAUUUCUACGGACCAUCUUCCCUACGACAUUGAAUCGGGCCCUUAUGAAGAGGACAAUGCCGACGAGGAAGAAGAUGACGAGGAGGAGAUUAACAGAGUUCUCGAUUCGAUGCUCUCAGGAACCGAAGACAAGGUGACCAUUGAGUCCAGCACCGCUCCGGCACCCCCCUCCGAUGCAGAUCGUCGUGUCAUCGGUACGCGCCCCGUUGAAGGAAAGGGCAAGAAACUAUGUGGUCUCGAUGAUAUGGACAAAGACGACCGAUUAAUCUACUAUCUGAAACUGGCCAAAUGGUCCGAGCGUGCCAUUCAUGAAAAGCUCGUGGCUGAAGGUCGCAUCGGUUACAGUCAGAAAACGAUUGGGACGCGCUUUGCUCGUAUGCGUCGCUUCAUCAUGGCAGAAAAUGACCAGCGACUCAAAGACGGUACAGUUGUCUGGCUCGCAGCCGAAAAGAACCUUCUACCAGAUGCUGUAGCAUAUGCAACCCAGCAGAUCGACAAGGAGCGCAAGGCUCUUCGCCAGCGCAAAUGGGAAUUGGUAUCCGAGUUCAUCCAGAAGCGCGAACCUCUUGCCCUGUACUCUGGUGAAGCGUGUCGCGAAGAAUACGAGACCAUGUUGACGCGGGACGACGACUAUGACGCUACUUCCAAUGAUCCGAAAGUGUCGAAGUUGGAAAAGGAACGUCAGACACAUGCUGAAAUGCUUGAGCAUUUCAAGCAGUCCGAAUCUCUCUAA